AUGGACUCUUGGCGCUGGCGGUCCCAGCCGGUCCCGGGCUUGUCUGGGUCGGGGGUCCUGGGUUAGGUGCCGGCGGGCGUGUCUCUAAGGAGUGCUGCAGCCCAGCUCCCCCCCCACCCCGCAACCCCGCCCUGUCGGGCCCCGAGUGCUCCUGCCGGGCCAGCUGCAGCGCCGGCUGAGCGGGCGGGCGGGCGGCGUGCAGCGGGAGGGGGCACCCGGGCCCAGGGCCCCGCGCCCCGCUCCGGCCCUUACGUAACUGACUUUGAGUUUCCGGACUGAGGGACCCGUGAGCUGGGGCGCUGGCUCUGCCCGCCAGGGUGGCUCUCCUGUCGCCGCCCUGGCCGCACACGCUGCCUUCCAGGCUUGGUCUAGGGGACUUCUCUCUGUCUCCAGUCGGCCGGGUCUCUCUGUCGUGCUCUGGUUCCUGCUUGCCCCCCGGUUCCCUGUGUCUCUCAUCUCCUCUGUGUUGCCCAGUCUCUCCCUGUCCCUGUCCUCUGUCUUUCUCCGAGAGUUUUCUGCCCUCGCCUACACUUUCCUAUCCUACCCCAAGAGAAACCCCACCUCUUUCGGGGUAGGAUAGGACUUCUCCCCUCCAGCAAAUUGAGGGCCGGGACUUGUCCAGACCGACCUCAGCCCAAGCUUGCCCCAGAAGGAGGGAGGGGAGGACUACCCCGUGGGACUGGGGGAGGUUACUCCGAGGCCCACAGCUUCUUCUGGGAGGGAGUGGCUGAAUGUGACCCCCUUAAGUACCCGGAUUGGGGCUGAAGGCAGACCCCUCUCUGCUUCUGGAGUCCUUUUCUCCAGGAGGAGGCUUGGGGAGAGCCUGACCUGGGCUUGGGCUUAGGGAAGCUGGGAGUCCCUGUGAGAACUGCCUGGUGUCAGGUCAGGGUAGCUGCUCAGCUACUGAAGGGAAGAGGGUAGGGCCGGGGAGGGGCCAGAGCACUGGCACAGAGCCCCUGAGGUUACUGCAUGCUCCCAACUUCACCCCAGUUACAGGCCUGGGGACUGGCGUGGGCAGGCGAUCAACAGGAGGAGGCCAGAGGACUUUUGCAUGGAGGGCGGGGGAGGGUGGAGAUAGAAGUGACAGACUCUCAGGUCUAAGGAGCACUUACUGGGAUCACUCCCUGCCUUCAGGUACCUGCUGCUGUCGGGUGCAUGUAAACAAGGUGUUAAUAGCAGCUAUGAGGUGGUAAUUGUUAAUUCUGACUAGGAAUGGGGGAGGAGAGACUUUGCAGAGGGGGUGGAAGUUUUGGGAAGAAGGGCAUACAGAAGCUGUAGGACAGAGGAGGGACAGAAGGGGACUUCUGGUACCCUGUAGGCUUUACAUGCAGCAGAACUGGGUUUGAAUCCUGCUCCUGCCACUUCCUUGCUAUGUGACCUUGCAUGAAUCACUUCACCUCUCUGAGCCCCAGGUUCCUCCUUAGUCAGUAAUCCAGAUCUUACAGGCAUUAGCAGAAUCAAAUGAGGCAAAGCGUGUGCAGUGACCAGAAUGGUAACUGUUCUGGGAACAGGCCAACGGGGGUGUUUUAAGAAAGGAAUAGAGUGAGGAAGCCCUGAGGUUUCCUCUGGGUAUACAGGAGAGACAGGCAGAGCCUGCCAGGUCCUAGCAAUGUGGGAUGCAGGUGGAAUGCCUGGGUGUGUGGCUGACACGCAUGUGUUUCCUGCUCAGCCCAUCCCUGAACUGCCUAGACCAGGCUGGCCUCCCUCCUGAAGGCCCCAGGUGCCAAUAGAAGCUCCCAGGCUGCCCCACUCCCUAGGUCAGUGGGGGUGGGGCCCCUGGCAGGGCAAGGCCAACACCUCCUUUGCAGAGUGGACCCUGACAGGGAGCCUGGCUGACUCUGCUGGGCAGGAAACUCCCAGCCUGGCGGGGAAGAUGCUGAUGCAGUACAGGCCUCUGGAGGCCCAGAGCUCUGCUGGCUGGAGUUGGGUACAGCUGAUAGGACCUGAGACAGAAGCUGGCUGUGGUGGAAGUGAGGAAGGGAGAUGCAGGGAGAGACCUCUGGAGGGGGAGCCUGAGCAGAGCUGUGGAGCCAAAGAGUAAUUUCAUGUGGUUAUUCCCUAAGCCUUUCCUGAGCACCUACUGUGUGACAUAUAUGGGUCAGCUGGCCAAAGAGCUGAAUAGGAUACCCAUGAAAGACUCACCGUAGAGGUCAUGGUGGCCUGAGAUUUGUUGGGGAUUUGCAGAGUGGACCUUUAUGAUAGUCCCCUGGGGGAUGGGGCAUUCAGAAUUUCCCCAGGGCCUAAGAUUCUGAUGUUUAUUAAUGGGGCAGGAUUCCACUCCCUGAUAGUCUGUGGGCAGUCACUUUUCUCCCUGGGUCUCAGUUUCUCUUUCUGUGAAAUGAGAAGGGCAGAUGAGCCUAGAGUCUCUAAGGAUCUUCCGGUGCCCGUUACUACAGCCUCCGGGACCUGGUUUGGGACUACCCUCACCCCACAUGAAGGGAGGGGGAGAGAAUGGGGCAAGGGCAAGGUUGAGUGUGAUGGGCCCCCAAGUCCUGUUCUUGGCCUGUGUUCUCGAAUCACAGUUGGAACUGCAGCCUCUCGAGCACUUACUGUGCAUGGCGCUCUGUGCCUAGCCUUUAAUAUGCAACAUUACGUAUUCCUCAUAAUUCUUACAUCCCCGUGAGGGAAUAGGUAUUAUCCCUAUUUCACAGGAGUUCAGGGAGUGAAUUGACUUGACCAAAGUCACACAGCUAAGAAGUGGCUGGGCUGGGAUUCUAAGCCAGGUCUGUCUGCCUCCAAAGCCUAGACUCAGCUUAAAGGGGGAGACUCCACCCCGUAGGUACUGAGGUGCCCACAUUGCUUCGCCCUUACCUGCAGAACCUGCCUGACCCCUGCUGGGUGAGCUCAGAGCUCUGGGAUGUUCAGGCUGGGGAGGUGGGGGACAGGCUCUGUGGGUGCCCACUGGUUCCAGUGAGGGGGGAAAGGAGCAGGAGCAACUUGGGGGUCAGGGCCUCACAGGGAGUUUCUCCAGAGGGCCAGCCCCACCUGCCUAUGCUCAGUGCAAGAGCUCGGCACUGAAAGGCAACCCUGGGUAUGUGGCCAAUUUGGACCUCAGUUUCUCCAUCUGUAAAGCAUGGGUUUAGAGUAGCUGAGUACAGACAUUCCUUGGCCUGUGGGUGAGAGGCUGAGGUUGGCAAUGGGGUCAAGGGUUAGAGGAGGGGUCGGGUAGUAGUGGCUGAGCCUGCGGAGGGAGAGUUUGGGUCAGGAACAGCUUGGAUCCUGGGCUGGCUGUUUGACAACAACUAUUUUAGAUGAAGGGACUGAGGUUGGAGAGGUUCAAAGGCUUGUCUGGGGCUGGACAGCUAGUAUGGCAGAGACUGAAGGGCAAAAUGGAAGGGAAGACCUGGAGAACAAAAUCCAGGCAGAUGCCAGUUGGAAUCCUGGCUUGACCACUUAACUAGUCUUGGAGAUGUGAAGUGAGCGGCCAAGAACACACAGAGAGGAGUCCCUUCACCUCACUGUCCUCAUCUGUAAAAUGGGAAUAGUAAUAAUUUUGCCUUUGUCCACUUCCUGGGUUAUUGUGAAGGUCAAAGGAGAUGAGGCAUUUGUGGAAUCAGGUGAGAAUGUGGGUGCUGGUUAUUUUUCAGUCCAAAGCUGCACUUCUGGGUGUGUGUUUGUGGGGAGGGAGCAUUUCUGACAGCAACUCUGCUGAGAUGCUUUACCCUGGGGUGAUGCACUGGAGAACAACCCUAAGAAUGUCACCACUAUUUAUUGAGUAAUUUGUUACCAUGCACCAGGCACUGGGCUCAGAGCUUCACCUCUCAUUGUCUCCUUUAGUCUCUACCUUCUCAGGUAGAUGGUGGCCUGACCCACACCAGAUCUCUCUGAAACCCAUGCCUACAGCUCCCUGUGAUAACAGUAGCUAACAUUUAUGAAGUUUGCUGUGUUACUGUGUGCCAAGCAUUGUUGAAAAUUUUUUACAUAUAUUAAUUUACUUAAUCUUCACAACAACCCUGGACGUGGGUACUAAUACUUUCCGUAUUUUACAGAUGAAAAUCUGAGACACAGAGAAGUUAAGAAAUAGGCCCAAUGUCACCAAGCUAGUACAUGAUAGAGCCAGGGUAUGAACCCAAGUUCUUAAGUCUCCUCCUUGAAGCACUCAUCACAGUUGUAAUUCGGUUAUUAUUUAUAAGAUUGCUUCCUCACUCACUGUAGGUUCCAUGAGGGCAGGGACCAACACCUGGCACACAGUAGGUACUCAGCUAAUGUUUGUCCGCAGGGAUACUGCUGCCUCCAGUGGGCUGGGCCCAUGGAGACCCGAUGAGCUCAGGGUAGAUUAUCAGACUAUCAGACUGCUGACUAAGAGGGUAUCUGCCCCAAAGAGCCCCGGAGGCAGAGGGAAGGGCAGGGUUCCCCCCCGGGCCCAGGCUCAGGCCAAAGAGGGGCCCCAAAGACUUUGUUUGUUGGCUGUGCUUGUAUCUCACUGCUGUCCUUUGCUUCCAUGUGCCACUGCGGCGAUGACUCCACGGUUUCUCCCCUGACGGCUGCGUGACCCCAUGGCUGCUUCUGGCAACGUCAUGACAACAGAGAAGAGUUUAGUGGCUGAGGCUGAAAAUCCACAGCAGCAACAACAGAAAGAAGAGGGUGAGGGAGCCACAAACUCGGGUCAACAGGAAACUCAGCUGGAAGAGGCUUCUCAAGCAGCAGCCGAGGGAGAUAAUCAGUGUGAGCAGAAGCUGAAAACAUCUAAUGGAGACACUCCAACACAUGAAGAUUUGACCAAGAACAAGGAGCGGACAUCAGAAAACAGGGGCCUGUCACGGCUGUUCUCCUCAUUUCUCAAAAGGCCUAAAUCUCAGGUCUCUGAGGAAGAAGGCAAAGAAGAAGAGUCAGCGAAAGAGAAAGGUGAAGGUCAUAAAGAGAUAGAAUUUGGAGCCAGUCUUGACGAAGAGAUCAUUUUAAAGGCCCCAAUUGCAGCUCCUGAGCCUGAGCUCAAAACAGACCCAUCCUUGGAUCUUCAUUCAUUAAGCAGUGCAGAAACACAGCCUGCUCAGGAAGAACACAGAGAAGAUCCCGAUUUUCAGACAGAGGAAGGAGGAGGACUUGAAGACUGCUCUAAAAUAGAAGUAAAAGAAGAAAGUCCUGAAUCAAUAGCAGAAAGAGAAUUAAAAGCUUCCCAGAAAUCGAUCAGAAGACACAGAAACAUGCAUUGCAAGGUUUCUUUGUUGGAUGACACAGUUUAUGAAUGUGUUGUGGAGAAACAUGCUAAGGGACAAGAUUUACUUAAACGAGUAUGUGAACACCUCAAUCUUUUGGAAGAAGACUACUUUGGUCUAGCCAUUUGGGAUAAUGCAACCUCUAAGACAUGGCUGGAUUCUGCCAAAGAAAUAAAAAAGCAGGUUCGUGGUGUCCCUUGGAAUUUCACAUUUAAUGUAAAGUUUUAUCCACCUGACCCAGCACAGUUAACAGAAGAUAUAACAAGGUAUUAUUUAUGUCUUCAACUUCGGCAGGACAUAGUUGCAGGACGUCUUCCCUGUUCAUUUGCAACCUUAGCAUUAUUAGGUUCUUAUACCAUCCAGUCUGAGCUGGGAGACUAUGACCCAGAACUCCAUGGUGCAGAUUAUGUUAGUGAUUUUAAACUGGCCCCAAAUCAGACCAAGGAACUUGAAGAGAAGGUCAUGGAACUGCAUAAGUCAUACAGGUCCAUGACUCCAGCUCAGGCUGACCUGGAAUUUCUUGAGAAUGCCAAAAAGUUGUCUAUGUAUGGUGUUGACCUUCAUAAAGCAAAGGACUUGGAGGGAGUGGAUAUCAUCCUAGGUGUCUGCUCUAGUGGCCUUCUGGUUUACAAAGAUAAGCUGAGAAUUAACCGCUUUCCUUGGCCCAAAGUGCUGAAGAUUUCUUACAAACGUAGCAGCUUUUUCAUUAAGAUUCGGCCUGGAGAGCAAGAACAGUAUGAAAGUACCAUCGGAUUCAAACUUCCCAGUUACCGAGCAGCUAAGAAAUUAUGGAAAGUCUGUGUAGAGCAUCACACAUUUUUCAGACUGACAUCUACAGACACCAUUCCUAAAAGCAAAUUUCUUGCCCUGGGAUCCAAAUUUCGAUACAGUGGCCGAACUCAGGCUCAGACCAGGCAAGCUAGUGCUCUGAUUGACAGGCCUGCCCCACACUUUGAGCGUACAGCAAGCAAACGGGCAUCCCGAAGCCUUGAUGGAGCAGCAGCCGUUGAUUCAGCAGACCGAAGUCCUCGGCCCACCUCUGCACCAGCCAUUGCUCAGAGUCAGGCCGCAGAAGACCGCGUCCCAGGUGCACCUGUUAAAAAAGCAGUGGUUCCUGAAGCACCGAAGGAAACAGUGCAGGUUGAAGUGAAAAAGGAAGAAGUGCCACCUGAGCAGCCUGAGCCAGAGCUCACAGAAGUGUGGAAGGUGGAAAAAACCCACAUCGAGGUCACAGUACCCACCUCAAAUGGUGACCAAACACAGAAGCUUGCAGAAAAAACUGAAGAUCUGAUAAGAAUGAGGAAGAAAAAGAGAGAGAGACUAGAUGGUGAAAACAUUUAUAUCAGACAUAGCAAUUUAAUGUUGGAGGAUUUAGACAAAAGUCAAGAAGAGAUCAAAAAACAUCAUGCCAGCAUCAGUGAGCUGAAAAAGAACUUCAUGGAAUCUGUACCAGAACCACGGCCUAGUGAAUGGGAUAAACGCUUAUCCACUCACUCUCCCUUUCGAACACUUAACAUCAAUGGGCAAAUCCCUACAGGAGAAGGAGUGAAGAAAACCUCUGUCCUUCCCUCGGAAAGAAAGGUUGGUGGGCCAGAGACACAGGAACGUGCUCUGUUAGUGCAGGAUGAAGAGAAAAUUAAAAGGCAAGAGAGAUCUACUGAAAGCGCCUUGCCCCAGCAAGAAAAUGAAGAAAUUCUUCCCAAGGUUUCUAUUCCAAUCCCUGAGGAUCACAAGUUUCUCAAAAAGUGCCACCUCUACUCUAGUACUUUUUCAUCUCCUCGUAUUCCUUUUGUGAUGUCUCUUCUCGUGGUUCUUGCAUUGGCUGUCUGGUGGUUGGUCUUUCUGUGAUCGGAAAACGGGUGCUCAUCUGAAAUGUCAAGACUAAAACCAUUGAACUUUGUUGUUCGCUUCUCCUGUGUUAUCUCCUGUGUGAUGCCCUCUGAUCUUGACAGUUCACUGUCCUAAGGGAGAGUCUGUGAUCAUUUUUCUGUCAAUAAAAUGUUACUCUUUGUAGAAUAUAUAUCAUGGGGUACAAAGGAGUAGCAAUGGAUUGCUCAAGCCUGUUUUCCUCACCAAAGUUUAACAAGUUUAGGCAAAUCUGAUUUACGCAUAUGGCAGGUUGGUACUUUCCCCAAAAGCUUUAACUCUUUUAUCCUGCAUGUUCUUAUUGUUCACUGUUGCUAUGUCCUCCUCUCCGGUGUUUCACAGAAAGCAGGAUAUCCUGUAGAAACAUUUGAUGGAAUAUUUUCCUAAUCUUCGAUAGUUAUUUGUGGGGCAUGGGCUCUGUAGUUUAAGAAAAAAAUUCAAGUUGCUAACCUUUCAAAAGCCUUAAAAUAAUACAUUUUAAUCUGUGAAUCUAUAACCACUCCUUCUCUUGAGAUAUCAAACCAAUAUAUACAAAGCCUUUUUUGGAAAAGGGCUUUUGACUUCUGUGGCCUUCUUAUGUGUAUUUCUGAGACGUACAGGGACAAACAACUUUAUCCUGCCUGGUGUAUAGAAGAGAUCUGCAAAGGUUAAAUGCAUUUUUCACAAGUAUAAUGUUGAUGGUUUAAGGAAAAUGGUGCUGGUGCCCUUUAGCCUCCAGCCAGGGCUGAAUUUUCCAGACUACUCUGCCCAUCUUUAAAAGUCCUGGAAUAACAAAUUUCUUUAAGGUCUGCACAUAAACAUACCCUUCUCUGAAUUAAAAUACUGUGUUACUUCUUUAUGAGUUAAGUAAUUAUAUUGCUAGAAGCAAUAUUUAGCCAUUAUGAUAAGCUUAAAAUAGAUAUCGAUAUAUUUUGUUUUUCUGAUAGACUUUGGACUUGUUUAUUCUUACAUGUGUGUUGAAAUCAAUUGUUUUUCAUUGAUGGCCUUGUGACCUAAGGUUCUGUCGUGACAAGUGUGUGUCUUCUGUUUGCAUGUUGAUUUUUAAGGCUUACCUGAAGUAAAUAUGCGUGUGCUCUCUCUUCACAACACAACUCGGAUACCUAACCUGUUGGGUUUUUUUUCCCCUCAGUAUUAAUGAAAUCUUGCAUGUAGUUUGCUUUUUAUGGCGCUUGAAUGUACCAAUAUGGAUGAUUUGGUUAAUGUUGUCUCAAAUAUUUGUUUUGAAUUCUGAGUUCCUAGAGUUAUCAAACUGAGAUUAUUGCACUUUACUUCUCAACACUUCCAGCUGAUGUAACUUCUACACAAGACUUUUUGUUUUUAAGAUGACGGUGUCUUAGAGCAAAAAAAGAGAACCCUAAAGCCAAGAAUCUUUUGUCCUUCAACAGCCACUAUUAUUAUUCUAUCUUCUCUGGAGACAUGUAGAAAUAAUUCUCUGGUAUUUCCUGAAAACUGCUACUCUGUUAUUAUAGGCUAUCCGAAAAGAUGGGAAAGAAGUGAGAUGCAGGUUAAAAUUUUAAAUCUGGUAUAUCUUUCAUGUCACAGACUAUGUCUGUUUAUAAGAAAUAUUUUGUAAUUAAGCAUAUUUAUUGAUUCACUCAUAAUAAGAAAAAAGAGACCUCAAAUUAACCUGAAAUAUUGCAGAACCAUUCUUUAACACAGAAAGUGAUCAUCAUCAGUACUCCCCUUUAUCUGUGAAAUAGAGAUAUGAGAGCUUUCCUUAUGAAAUAACAGAACUAUGGCAUUGGUUAGAUACUUUUGAAUUUUUUUCAAGAAACUAAAAAGGAAAUAAUCUUAGGAUUUUGUUGAUACUUUUAUAACUGUUUCAGAUUAUAUUUCCAGUUUUCAUCCAUGUACAUAGCAUUUUAUUAAUUAUUAUUUUAAAUGUCCCCUUGAGUUUUGUUUCCCUUUGUAUUGGAAUUAUUUCAAGUCCAUUAAAAGUCUAGUGUAAGCCAACAAUACUUUGCGGUUUUCUGAAGUGAAGCAGGAGCCCUCAGAGGUCCUUACUGAUGAUCAAAGGAGAGGCCCUUUCUUCUGUUAAUAGGGUGAGAAUGGUUGAGAGGGGAAGGGCUGAUACUUUGAAUUGGACUAAUAAGCUGGCCAAUGCAGGCUCAAAAGAUAUGCCCAUCACAGUUAUCAGAGGAAAAAUAUUUUACACUGCUGCCAAUAUGUAUAACAUAAAGCUGUAAAUAGUCUUGGUUUCCCUCUCACAUCUCAUUUCAUUCUUGGUACCAGAGACAGAUCCAAAUAACUGUGUGUUGGUUUUACCCUGGUUCAGCUUCUUAACAGCAGGUUGAUGAGUGAAAAACAAUUUGGACGAAAGGUAUCAUUACAGACCAGUAAAAAGUCUGGGGUUUUUGCCGUGGUUUUGCUAUUAGUCAUUUCUACGGUGACUCUGAGAAGUUCAUUUAACUACUUGGUGCCCAGAUUUCCACCUAGUAACUUAGAGACAAACCUACCUCAUGAGAAUGAAUCUGUAACAGGUUCCAGGAACCAGAAGCUCUGGUUGUCAUUAAAUUCUUGGUCUUUUGGGGACUGGAAAUUAAAAAAACAAACUCAUUAACUUCCUGGAUUUUUAAAAAAAGAAGUAAGCAAUUAAAUAGCUGUGUUGAUUUCCAUCUACUCUGUAUUGAUAUUUGACCAAACACUUAAAACUACUAAAGUUAAAAAUUCCUUGUACUCUUAAGCAAUUCAUCUUACCCAUAUGGUAUUUUAGAGUGGACCAUACUGGAAGAUAAAUCCAGCCUCUAUAUUUUGGACCUAUCUUUUAGCCAUAUUCUUAUGCUAAUGCAUGGCUUAUGAAGGAGAUUCAGUUUGCAUGGGUCAAUUCUACUACUUGUUUCUAUCUUUGGUAAAAGUUUUGAAGGGAGAAGAUAUUGACUCUGUUGACAAACAUGAGACUAGUGAUUAUCUGUGGACUAGAUUUCGUUGCCAUCCUAGAUCCUAGUACAUUUCUUUCUAUUAAAUAUUAUUGUAAGUUUUACUCUGAAAUUUCUGUGGAUAUAAGCCAAUUCACUUCUUCCUACAUUCCUAAGUCACUACUGUAGUAUUUCCUAUAGAAAAGCAUAUAAGACAUCCUACACAUUAGAGGUUUGGUUAUUUUUUGAAGGCAUUACCAAUCAAAAUUUAUAUUUAGGCUUUACCUAGUGAUCAUGUAUUUACAAAAGGAAGACAGAAAAUUCAAAAAUAAUAUGAGACACUUUCUCAUUGUUGCUUUUUUCUUGCCAAGAGUAUUGAGAAUAGUAAAGAUAUAUAGAACUUUUCUACCAAGUUUCCUUCUCUUCUGUUCGUCUUCAUAGAAAUUAUAAAAUCCCAAACUUUUUUACAGCAUUCUCUAUCACAUUGCGGAAGACUAUUAUAUUGUUUCUAUUACACAUGGAAGUUUUGCUUUUUUUCACUGCACUCAAACGAGCCCUGUUGCUUGUAAUUUUGGUAGUAGAAAUGGAGACAACUCCUUAUUCUUAUCUGUGGGAUAGCUCCAUCUGCCUCCUUUACACUGUAGGGAAUAGUAUCAGUAAGCCUGGCUCCUUUCUGCUGCUGUUAUCCCUCAUGCCCUUGGAUCUCCUUUUUACUGCAUCAGAACAUGAUGCAAAAAGAAA